AUGGAGUCCCCGGCCUACAAGACGGUUCUGGCCUUGGGCCGGUUCAAGGUGCGGAAGCUCCAGACGGGCCCCGCCCUGGACAAAGGCAAGGAGGGGGCAAGGCCCCAGCCGUGCCCCCCGGCCCCGUCCAUGGAGGGCUCUGGCCAGGCGGAUGAGGGGGGCUCCCUCUCGGCUCCCCCGGACUACGCGACCACAAUGGACGUCAGCCCCUGCUAUGAGUUCUACGCCCAGUCGGCCCCCCCUGGGCGGGCCCGCAAGAGUCGCCCCUCGCUGGAGGAGCUGCGCAACGUGGUGAGCACUGGGGGCACUGUGUGGAUGGGGCGGCCGGGCCAGCACGCGCUGGUGUCCUGCGCUGGGGACCUUGCCCAGGCCAAGGAGAUCUUCACUAAGAAGUUCCUCGACAAGACCAAAAACCACUGGGCCGAGCGGUGCAACUUCCAGAAAGUGCCUGGCAAGUACGACCUGCUGCACAUGGACAGCCAGCCCCCCGCCGCAGAGCCAAGCUGCGCGGGGGGGCCCCAGCCCAAACCAGCCUCACGACUAGACCCCCGAGUGCAGGCGCUGCUGGGGCUGAUCUGCGACCUGCAGGCCAUGGAGGAGAUGGUGCUGGAGAUGAAGUAUGACACCAAGAAGGCCCCUCUCGGGAAGCUGACGGUGGAGCAGAUCCGUGCUGGGUUCCAGUCACUGCAGAAGGUGGAGGCGGUUCUGCGGGCCGGGGACACUGGAUGGGCCCUGCUGGAAGCCUGCAACGAGUUCUACACCCGUGUGCCCCAUGACUUUGGGCUUCAGCCACCCCCAUUGAUCCGGACGUGGCAGGAGCUUCAGGAGAAGGUGCAGCUGCUGGAGGCCCUGGGCGAGAUCCAGAUCGCCGUCAAGCUGGCGCGCUUGGAGCUGCAUGGCCAGGAGCACCCGCUGGACCGGAGCUACCGCACACUGGGCUGUGAGCUCCACCCCCUGGAGCGGGACUCUGCCCACUUCCAGGUGCUGGAGCGGUACCUGCUCUCCACCCACGCGCCCACCCACCGUGACUACUCCAUGGAGCUGCUGGAGGCUUUCACCCUGCGCCGGGCCGGCGAGCCCCCCUUCCGCGCCAGCCUGCCCAACCGGACGUUGCUGUGGCAUGGCUCCCGGCUGGGCAACUGGGUGGGGAUCCUGAGCCAGGGGCUGCGAGUGGCGCCCCCUGAGGCCCCCGUCACCGGCUACAUGUUUGGGAAGGGCAUCUACUUCGCAGACAUGUCGUCCAAGAGCGCCAAUUACUGCUUCGCCUCGCGCCAGCGCGACGUGGGCCUGCUGCUGCUGUGCGAGGUGGCCCUGGGUGAGUGCCAGGAGCUGCUGGAGGCGAAUGCCGAGGCCGGGAAGCUGCCGCCCGGGAAGCACAGCACCAAGGGGCUGGGGAAGCUGGCACCCGCUCCCACCAAUAGCAUCAUGCUGGAUGGGGCCGCAGUGCCGCUGGGCCCAGCCGUGGAGAUGGGCGUGACGAACCCCCAUGGCUACACCCUCAACUACAACGAGUUCGUCGUCUACGACCCGGGUCAGGUGCGGAUGCGCUACCUGCUCCAAGUGCGCUUCAGCUUUGCCCCGCUGUGGUGACAAGCCCCCCCGGUCGGGAGACACCCCUCUCCCCCGGGACUCCUGUGG